AUGGCGCCGCUGAUCGACGAUGUCACCGCCGAGAUACUCCUCCGCCUCCCGCCGGACGAGCCGGAGCACCUCUUCCGCCCGGCCCUCGUCUGCAAGCCGUGGCUCCGCAUCCUCUGCGACCCCGGCUUCCUCCGCCGUUACCGCGCCUUCCACGGCGCCCCUCCCCUCCUCGGCCUCCUCCACAGGCUCAGAGUGAUCGACGGGGACGCGCCCGCCCGCUUCGCCUCCACCACCUCCGUGCCGGACUUCCCCCACCCGAGCUCCGACGGCCGCCGCACGCGCCCCCUCGACUGCCGCCACGGCCGCGUCCUCGUCCGCAUGCUGGAGCACGAUGACAUGGACUACCUCGUCUGGGACCCCAUCACGGGCGACCGCCACGCCGUCCCCGCCCCGGACAUCGAGUGGCUCAUCGAGUCCGCGGCAGUGCUCUGCGCCGCCGAGGGCUGCGACCACCUCGACUGCCACGGCGGCCCCUUCCGCGUGCUCUUCGCCGCCACCCACGACUACGAGGACACCAUAUGCGCGAGCGUCUACUCGUCGGAGACAGGGGCAUGGACCGAGCCGGUGUGUCUCGACAACAGUUGUGAAACCUUUGCAAAGCACAUGCGAGAGGGAGAAGCAUAUAGACGCUGCUAUACACCCUAUCUCCACCCUAAGCGAGGCACCCUUGUCGGAGAUGCAGUCUACUUCACAGUUCGGCUGGGUAAUGCAAUCGUCAAGUAUGACUUGGGCAAGAACAGCUUAUCCAUGAUUGACCCGCCGCCGCACACCAUGUAUUACAUUGCCCUCAUGGCGAUGGAGGAGAACAGUUCACUUGGCUUUGCCUACAUUAAGGAUUCCAGCCUCUAUAUGUGGUCAAGGAAGAUGGAUAUGGAAGGACCUGCGGAAUGGGUGCAAUACAGGGUCAUCGAACUGGAGAAAACGGUACCUGUUGCCAAACAAGAUGAGAAACCAUUUGUUGUUGGGUCUGCAGAGGGUGUGAGUGCCAUCUUUGUUUGCACAGGUGCUGGCUUAUUUAUGAUCAAGCUCAGCUCUGGGCAGCUUAAGAAGGUUGAUGAGCCUGGGGUCUACUUUAGCGUCCUACCCUACAUGAGCUUCUACACUCCAGAUCGUGGCAGAAUGUUGUCAAUCGCUGGCGAGGACAAACUGAUCUCUUAAGUGUGGCGUGCGCAUUAGUGUUACAUUGCAUAGUGGACAAAAUCCAUCAUCUGAAGUCUGCUGAUGUUGCCUUUUCGAAGAUACAACUAUCAAGCUGGUCGUCGAGCAGUUUAAGCAUGGAGGUUGCAAGUCCAUUGUGGUUGUUCUUGUUCAAUUCAUCCUGAUCAUGUGGCCAGAAAAGGUUAUUUCAGUUUAGUAUACUACCAUCAAGCUGGUCAUAUUUUGUUGAGCAGUUUAAACAGGGCGGUUGCAAGUCAAUUGUGGUUGUUCUUGUUCAAUUCAUCCUGAUCAUGUGGCCAGAAAAUAUUAUUCAGUUUAGUAUGUUUGCCUCUUAUCUGUUGAGUAGCUUAAGUAGGAAUGGUCCAAGAAUGGGAGUGUUAUGCUGUCGUAAGAAGCAGCUAUGUGACUUGUGGGUAAAA